UGUAAAUCAGAAGCAUUCAAACCCUUCGUUCCUUCUCUCCCAGCAAAAUUCAAAACCCUCAGUCCUCCCCUCUCCGAUCGGCUGCGGUUGUUGUUUCUUCUUCCAUUCCUUCAUCAUAUAUGGCGGACGAGCCAGUUCCUCCAUCUACGUCGUCGGUUUCUUCUGCUGCUGCUCCCCUUGGCAGCUCCGUGAUUCCCAUAGUUAACAAGCUACAGGACAUCUUCGCUCAGCUCGGAAGCCAAUCCACCAUCGAGCUCCCGCAGGUCGCUGUUGUUGGCAGUCAGAGCAGCGGCAAGUCGAGUGUUCUCGAGGCUCUCGUCGGCCGCGACUUCUUGCCCAGGGGUUCUGAAAUAUGCACGAGGAGGCCACUUGUGCUUCAGCUACUGCAGACUAAGACUGCCGAGGAAUACGGUGAGUUCCUCCACUUGCCGGGGAAGAGGUUCUACGACUUUUCUGAGAUUCGGAAGGAAAUUCAGUCUGAGACUGAGAGAGAAGCGGGUGGAAACAAAGGUGUCUCGGACAAGCAGAUCCGGUUAAAGAUUUUCUCCCCAAAUGUUCUUGACAUCACACUUGUUGAUUUGCCUGGCAUUACAAAAGUUCCAGUUGGAGACCAGCCGUCUGACAUUGAAGCACGAAUUAGGACAAUGAUCAUGUCUUACAUCAAAGUUCCAAGCUGUUUAAUUCUUGCUGUUACACCAGCAAAUUCUGAUUUAGCUAAUUCAGAUGCUCUUCAGAUCGCAGGAAAUGCUGAUCCUGAUGGUAUACGAACCAUCGGUGUGAUUACUAAGUUGGAUAUAAUGGACAGAGGUACAGAUGCACGGAAUCUUUUACAAGGGAAAGUGAUCCCCCUGCGACUUGGUUAUGUAGGGGUUGUCAAUCGCAGUCAGGAGGAUAUUUUACUGAACCGGAGCAUUAAAGAUGCCCUUGUGGAUGAGGAGAAAUUUUUUCGCACCCAUCCUGUAUACAAUGGUCUAGCGGAUCGCUGUGGCGUUCCUCAAUUGGCUAAAAAAUUGAACCAGGUUCUAGUACAACAUAUUAAAACUGUACUUCCUGGGCUGAAGUCACGUAUAAGUGCUGCCUUGGUUUCUGUUGCAAAAGAGCAUGCUAGUUAUGGAGAAAUAACAGAAUCGAAGGCUGGUCAGGGCGCUCUUCUUCUCAAUAUUCUUUCAAAAUAUUGUGAUGUAUUUUGUUCCAUGGUUGAGGGAAAGAAUGAAGAAAUGUCAACGCACGAGCUCUCAGGUGGAGCUCGCAUUCACUACAUUUUCCAAUCAAUCUUUGUGAAGAGUUUAGAGGAAGUGGAUCCAUGUGAGGAUUUGACUGACGAUGACAUUCGUACUGCGAUUCAAAAUGCAACCGGCCCUAAAUCUGCAUUAUUUGUACCGGAAGUGCCCUUUGAAGUUCUUGUUCGUAGGCAAAUUGUUCGCUUACUAGACCCCAGUCUUCAGUGUGCCAGGUUUAUAUAUGAUGAGUUGGUAAAGAUCAGCCAUCGAUGUUUGGCCAAUGAAUUGCAAAGGUUUCCUGUACUGAGAAAACGUAUGGAUGAAGUUAUUGGGAACUUUUUGCGAGAAGGUCUUGAACCCUCAGAAACAAUGAUAGGACAUAUUAUUGAAAUGGAGAUGGACUACAUAAACACCUCGCACCCAAAUUUUAUUGGAGGAAGUAAGGCUGUGGAGAAUGCCCUGCAGCAGGUCAAGUCUUCUAGGGUUCCUUUGACUGUUUCGAGGCAGAAGGAUGGUGUAGUUGAACCUGAUAAAGCACCACCAUCAGAGAAAACUUCAAAAUCUCGAGCUAUACUUGCCAGGCAUUCAAAUGGUUUUGUGACUGAUAAGGGUGCUCGACCCUCAGCUGAUGGUGAAAAAGCUGCACUCUCUGGAGCACCUGUAAGUAGUUCAAGUUGGGGGAUUUCAUCUAUUUUUGGUGGGAGUGAUAACCGUACACCUGCCAGAGAGAGUUCAGCGAGCAAGCCAUAUCCUGAACCUGUUCUUAACACAGAGCAGGCCUUCUCCAUGAUCCGUCUGAGAGAACCUCCAACUGUACUGAGACCGUCAGAAGGCUAUUCAGACCAGGAGGUGAUUGAAAUUGCAGUCAUAAAACUGCUCUUGAGAUCAUAUUAUGACAUUGUCCGGAAGAAUAUAGAGGAUUCUGUUCCUAAAGCAAUUAUGCAUUUCCUGGUUCUCCAUACUAAACGGGAGCUGCAUAAUGUCUUCAUAAAAAAACUUUAUAGAGAGAACCUGUUUGAAGAGAUGUUGCAGGAGCCUGAUGAGGUGGCAAUGAAGAGGAAGCGCACACGAGACACUCUCCGAGUUCUACAGCAAGCUUUUCGGACAUUGGACGAAUUACCUUUGGAAGCAGAUUCAGUUGAAAGAGGUUAUAACAUGGGUGCUGAUCCAACGGGGUUACCGAGGAUGCACGGAAUGCCAACAUCAUCUAUGUAUACUACCAGCAGUUCAAAUGAUUCAUUUUCCCCGUCCCCAAAGAACCCAAAGCACCGAAAAUCAUCAUACUCAGGGGAGCUUCAGUCACCACUAUAUGGUAAUCCAGAUUCUAACGGAAAUGGUCGAUCAUUCAUGCCUAGCCUCUACCCAAAACUUGACUUUUAACGGAUUUUCGAUGUGCAUAGCCAGUUCAAAAUGAUUCUUUGGGUUUCAUGUCCAACUAGUGUAGCUAAUGGAAUUCCUUUGUCCCCGACGCGGAUGGGGCAUCCCUCGAGAAGGUGCUAGUUAUUCUUCUUCCAGCAAUUCUUUUGAAGCCAACCAAUUAUUUUCUUCGAAGUGAAAAAUUAAAUUCCUUGCCCCCCUCUUGUGCCCAAUAUUAUAGUUAAAGUACCGAGCUCCGAGAAAAGAAGAAAAAGGAGAAAGAAAAAUAAUGGUGAGCAGUCAGCAGAUGAACGAACUCUCCUCUCCUAUUGGUCUGUUUGCUAAAAAGUAGCCAGUUUUGGUUUAAACAUACAUAUACAUGGCUAGUCCUUGAGAUUUUACAGGAGACUUUCGUAUUGAAAUGGCAGGUGCUAUCUUGUUUAGUAUAUAGCCUUCUCUGCACCCAAAUGCGUUUCUCUAUAUCAAUCGGUUAUAUAUAUUCAGAAUUGAGAUUGAAUGUUUGUAGUCUGUUGAUGUCAUGUAUAUUGAGCCUGUUUUCCACUUAAUUCCAAAUAUUCUGACCUUAAUUCUAGCAGAGUGAUAAUCUGUAUGGUCA